AUGAUCAAUCUCGGAAUCAUCGGAACCAAUUGGAUCACGCACUCCUUCGUGGAAGCUGCGCACGCAACAGGCAAAUACAGCCUCUCCGCCGUCUACUCACGGAAGGAAGAGACCGCGAAAGAGUUCGCAUCCAAAUACUCCGACAAGCAAAUCACCACAUACACCGACCUGAAUGCAUUUGCCCAAGAUAAGAUCGACACGGUCUACAUCGCCAGCCCCAACAUCCUACACUACGAGCAAGCCAAGCAGCUCCUCAACGCGGGCAAAAAUGUAAUCCUCGAGAAGCCAUCGUGCAGCACCGUCGCCGAACUCGACGAGCUCUUUGCACUAGCAAAGUCGAAGAAGGUUGUUCUGGUUGAAGCCUUCCGUCACAUUCAAGAAGCAAACUUCAAGUUGCUGAAAUCCAAGAUCUCGGACCUGGGUCCGCUAUACGGCGCAUCCAUUACCUUUGCGCAGUACAGCAGCCGUUACGAAAAAGUACUCCAAGGCGAAGUCCCCAACAUCUUCAACCUGGAGAUGGGCGGUGGUGCGCUCGUAGACUUGGGCGUGUACUGCGUCGCAGCCGCCAUCGACCUCUUCGGCGCACCCACCUCAUCGCAAUAUUUCCCCGUGAAGAUCGCCACAGGCGCGGACGGCGGCGGCCGCCUCAUCCUCGCAUACCCCACUUUCACAGUGCAUCUCUGCCACAGCAAGAUCUACAACUCCGACGCCCCGUCUGAGAUUUACGGGGAGAAGGGCACGCUGAUUGUACCCACUAUUACGGAUAUCAACAAGAUUACCUUCUGGGACCCGAAGAAGAAGACGAGAGAGGAUGUGGCGGGAGUGAAGGAGCCUGAGAAGUUAAACUUGGCGGAGGAGGCGAGGGAGUUUGCGAGGUGUAUUGAAGAAAAGGAUGAGGCUGCGUUGAAGAGGUUGGAGCAGCACAGUAGAGAUACGUUGGCGGUUAUGGAGAAGGUGAGACAUGAUAACGGUCUCAUAUUUCCUGGGGGCAAGUAG